AAGCCGCUCCACUGCCGUCGUCGUAGCCAUCGCGGUGGGCGCCCUCUUCACCAUGGAUAGCGCCACCCCGGCAGCCGUGAACUCGUGAGAGAGAUGUUUACCCUCUCGUGACUCGUGAGCAUCCAGCGACGAGCAAGCCCAACAAGAAAAUGCAGCUGCAUGUUUUCUGUUGUGACCUAAGCCCAACAAGAAGAGAAAUCUCGGGCGGGUGAGCAGCCCAACAGGCAACAGCAGCUCUCCACCUUCCUCACCCUUUCCUCCUGAAUCCUGAUAUUUCCUCCUUUCCCCAUCCCUUCCCCUGGCUUCACGGCUCGGCUGGCUGCACGCCGGAGCCCCGGCGCCAGAUCUCGCCAAGUGCCAGGGCCGCCGCAGGCCCCUCUUUGCCUGCGCGAGUCUCAGAAUCCCGAGAGGGAAAAAGAAAAGAAAAGAUGAUGACUUCCUCUGCCUGUUACUACCUGUGCCGCUCCCUCGUCCGGGCUCCUCCGCUCAAGUCGAGGAGUGCAGUGCGCUGUCCAAGCGCCGCCCCGCCAGGAGCCAGCGGUGCCACCUCCACCUCCAAGACACAGGAUCCAGUUGAAAACCAGAAGCUAUGUGCCUAUUUGGUUGAGAAGGCAGUCAAUAGACUUCCGCCAGGAGCAGAGAAUAUACUUGGGAUCUUUGAUCUGCGAGGCUUUCGGGUUGAAAAUGGUGAUCUCCAGUUCCUAAAGUUUUUGAUGGACGUUUUUUACUAUUACUACCCGAAGCGGCUUGGCCAAGUUCUUUUUGUCGAUGCUCCAUUUGUUUUUCAACCAAUGUGGCAGGUUGUUAAACCUCUGUUGAAAUCAUAUGCCUCCCUGGUAAGAUUUUGUGAUACCGAGACUGUGAGGAAGGAAUACUUCAAAGAAGAAACUGUGCCUCCUGAUUUCCGCGAUUAGGUGACAUGAUUAUUUCUUCAGUAAUUGCAAGUGGUCUCGGAAACAUGACCUUUAAUUGAUUGAGAAUCGAUUGGCACCCAGGGGGGCUGGCGCCUUCCUAUACCUUUUGAUUAACUUCUCAAAAGUUGCUCAGACGACAACAAACGAUUGGAGAGUCCAGUAAAAAAUGACCCUGUAGUCCUGUACUUGUAUAACUUCUGCGAAGUAGAAUGCUGAGUUUAGGCUGCUGUCUGGAGUGCUCCUGUACCAUAUUUUUCUGGUUUUGGAUGAAGCUAUAUGGACCAAAUUCAUCUCUGUUGAACAAUUGCCAAUUACAUAACUUGUGUUUGCCCAAUUCCAUGGUGUAGUACCAUAACUUCUCAGUGCAGUGCAGACAA